UAAAACUUCUGAUGGAGGGCCCCCAGACUCAGAGGCAGAGAAACCGGGUGCUCUGAUUAUGGAGAGCACCCCUCCUUAGGCCCAGUAGGCAGAGAGGGAACGCGCGGAAGGCCUCCCACCUUCUCUGGACACCUGACUUUCCAGAAGGCUGACGUAGGUGCCCCAUCUCUAAGGAAGGGCCUAGCCAGAGGGCAGUCGGAGGCUCGGGGUGGGAUGGGGGGUUCUGAUUCUCCAAAUCUGCCAUGAGAUUCUGGGCCACCAUUUAUAGUGCUGGCCUUUAAGGGCUCCUCGACCUCACUGACCUGAAGACCAUGGAGUCCAACCUGCAGGGGACCUUCCUCCUGAACAACACACAGCUGGCCCAGUUCUCCGAAAUGAAGGCUCCCAUGUGCCAGUACUCGGUGCAGAACUCCUUCUACAAGCUCAGCCCUCCGGGACUUGGCCCCCAGCUGGCGGCUGGGACACCCCACGGAAUCACUGACAUCCUGAGCAGGCCGGUGGCCACUCCGAACAGCAGCCUUCUCUCCGGCUACCCCCACGUGGCAGGCUUUGGUGGACUCAGCUCCCAGGGCGUCUACUACGGCCCCCAGGUGGGGAGUUUUUCCAAGACUGGGAACGAGUACCCCACCCGGACCCGGAACUGCUGGGCAGACACAGGCCAGGACUGGAGAGGUAGCACUCGGCCAUGCAGCAACACCCCAGACCCCCUGAGUGACACUAUCCACAAGAAAAAGCACACCCGCCCUACCUUCACAGGCCACCAGAUCUUUGCUCUGGAGAAAACCUUUGAGCAGACCAAGUACUUGGCUGGCCCCGAGCGGGCGAGGCUGGCUUAUUCACUGGGCAUGACAGAGUCACAGGUCAAGGUGUGGUUCCAGAACCGCCGAACCAAGUGGAGGAAGAAGAGCGCUUUGGAGCCCUCGUCCUCCACGCCCCGGGCCCCGGGCGGUGCGAGCGGGGACCGCGCGGCCUCGGAGAACGAGGAUGAUGAGUACAACAAGCCCCUGGACCCAGACUCGGACGACGAGAAGAUUCGCCUGCUGCUGCGCAAGCACCGGGCCGCCUUCUCCGUGCUCAGCCUGGGCGCGCACAGCGUGUGACGCCGGGCCUGCGGCGCGGACCAGCCUUCCCCUCCCCUUUCCGUGCAGCCCGCUGUGGGCAGGGACCAGAGAAGAGGAGUUCCGGGGGGAGGGGGUGGAAAAGAGGAAGGAAGUGGAAAGAGGAGGAGGAAGCGAGAGGGAAGGAAGGGAAGGAGGAGAGGAAUGGCGAGUGCCCCGAGAGAGGAGACGGCGCAUCUCUCUGCCAUUCCUCCCUCUGGGCCCCUUGCCCAGUCGGCCCUGCUCAGCAGGGAACCUGGCUAUGGAACUCUCCAGAUCCCCUAAGGACCAGCAGAUUAGGGAGUCACACAAGGCACUGCGCCCAGUCGUAGGCUGGGACUGCAAAGCAAAAGGUGGAGGCCGAGGUCCAGGUGUGCUUCCCAGUGAUCCCACUGCUGGGGACAGGAGGAAAUCCACCUCUGCGAGGGGAGCGGGUCCUGAAAACAGCAAUUCUUCAAACCCCGAGUUUCAGGACCCUGGGACCCCCAACUGCACUUUACUGUCAACGCAGAUCCCGCUGUAUCAAGGAAGACUCUGGGAAAGGGAGGAGGGGAAGCCAGGCAGAGGGAAAACAGGUACCCACCAAGGCAUCGCGGGGCACCUAAGCACACCAGAGUUUGGGAGCACCUCAGCAGGAUGGAGAGAAAGUCUCUGAACGCCACACUCCACCAGUAGGAGCACCAGACUGAGAGAACUUCAGGCAGGACAGGGGGGCUGGGAGUGCUGUUGGGCACCCAGGCUUUUAAAACCAAACUAGAAUAAAGAUGAAAAUCCCAGAAACCUC